AUGGCCGCGGAUGGCACGGGCACAGAUGAAGAGCCACGGGAGCACGCACCUCAAGAUCCCGCCAUCUCCAUAAGAGUGGCAGUGCCUUCCGGCCAACCAACUCCUCGCCGCCAACUGGAAACGCAUCGACCUGUUCCGAGAUCUGUCCGUGAUAGGCCAUCGCGAAGGGACACUCAACCCGUUGACCCAGUUGAGCGUAUUGAAGAGUACUACAGCGUGCACCACGAAAUCAUCGAGGAACAGUCGACUGCUAAGCCACAUAGAAAGCCGUCUGAGCAUACCGGCAAAAAGGGUGCUCCAAAGCUCAUAAUCGAAGAGAAAGGGACUGCUGCUCGCAAGCCUGAUCCUGAUCAUGGACCUAAAGCGGCACCGAAGACACGAGAUCCUCACAUUUCUUUCGUACAACCGCUCAGACGCCGCACAAACCGACAGUACCCUGAGUCACCCUCCCAGGAUCUGCAUGGGCGACGUAAGCCCGACCAAAGCUCUGAUGAGAUGCUCGAUGACUAUUACGAUGGGUUUGACGACACUCUGCUUCCUCAUACAACCUCAGUUGGUCUGAACCUCCAAUACGGAUCAGACUACGAGCCGGUCAGUUUUGAGCCUCCUCCACCUCCACCGCCCAGACCGCCACAGGGUUCAAUGUUCCCAAAUGAUAUACCCCCCGAAAACCCUUUCAAUCGACCACCGUACACCCACCAAGUACCCGGACGACAUGGAAGAAGACGUGAUUUUCUAGUCCGUGCGCCUCACCGAACAGCAAUCUGGGAUCGUGCAGCGGUAUGGAAUUCUAAAGUGGAGAAAUAUGACAUUUUGCUCAAACUCGUACUCACUCGACACGGCGAACGCUACUCAGGUGAAAAUUUUCCCUAUCGUUCCGGCACAUGGACCGACAUCGUCUUUGCGCGCAAACUUAACCAACAAUACCGCAAUUUGAAGACCGCCAAAGUCGGAAUCGUCCAGAAGCUGACCGCUUAUAAGAAGAUCUCAUUCGUCUAUUUUGUGCAAUUCCACGCGUUUCCAGACAUUCGCUACCCCAAGACAGGAGCAUGGCUACGGACCGCCAGACAACCAAUUACAUUUCGCGAUAAUGCGAUGACCCGCAAUUCAUUCAUGAACCAAUUGCGGCGAAUGUGUAGAAAGAACUCAAUCCUAUACAACACACUUACCGGAACGCCGAGUGAGCAUGAUGAGCGGCCUCCAAUCCGCUGGGUAUCUCGCCUCGAUGGACUGAUUGAAGCAGGUGCCGUCAUCGACAUUGAUGUGAAAGAGACAUUCGACAGCGCUAAGAUCUACAUGGGACUGAUGCUUGCGAUCAUAAUCAGCCUUGGAGCAGCACUGGGAUACGGCUUUGCGAUGGACAAUGACUUCUCGACUGGCUUUUCGAUUGCAAGUUGGGUCAUCACCGCCUUGGGGUUCCUGGCUGCAGUGAUCGCGGCAGGAGAAUACUUCGGACUAGACAGCCCGAAAGCUACACUAAUGGAAGCAGAUGGGUACGAUCGACCCUACAGGUAG